AUGGCUCUGGCCCUCGACCUCAGCUACGUCAACCAGUCCCUCCCCCGGGAGUACGAGUCCGACGAGGAGGACGUCUCCGAGUCCGAGGGCCACUGCUCGCCGUUCGACUCGCACAAGAGGUCGGCGACCCUCGACUCCAUUAUGAGCGUCGGCGACGCCGCAACGCCGGUGGACAAGCCGGCCUUUCCACGACUGCUUUCACCAUUCUCCUCUGGCAAGACUUCACGACCUGUAUCCAUGGACACCGUCAAGCGCAGCAGCAGCGCGACCUUUGUGACGGAGCCCUGUACGAUUUUCGACCGUGACGACGACGACGACAUGAUCCUUGAACUGCCCUCUCCCGACUCCACGACGCCCCUGCAAUCGCCCAUCUUCCUCCAGCCCUCUGUAUACGUGCCCUCCGAGCCACUCACCUCGUCGAGGAACUCGCUGAGAUCCUCCUCUGCAGCCUCUGCCUACUCUGACGACGACAGCGAUGUCUGCGUGGCCGAGCAGGUCACCUACGUCGAGCACGCAAAGCCUAGUAUCAUCCUAAUAUCGCCCACAGCAACCUCUCCGUCAACCGACGGCUCCGUCUAUUCCAACGACGAAGCAGCAAAGUCCCAGCCCCUGCUCGGCGAGACCAGCAUGGACCGCGGCCGCUCACGGUACACGCUUCGGCCAGCCCACAGCAAGACCAACGGCAGCCUCAGCGCCCUGGACACCCUGCAAGACUGCUCGCCCGUGUCGCAUACAGAGCCCCAGAGCGCACCGGCCAUGUCGUUCCGCGCUCGAUCGAUGUCCUUCUCGCGGCCGCAGACACCAGCAACCGAGUCUCGCCGGCGCCAGCAACGAGAGCCCUCGCGGCGACCCCCGUCUGCCCAGAGCACGGCCACCUUCUCGCUCUUCCCAACGCAGGCCUCGUCGUACAGCCAGGUCUACCCUGGCUUGGGCACAAACGACUCUCGCACCCGCUCCAUCUCCUGCUCCCACUCCGCCGCCAGCUCCGAGUACUCGCUCGCCUCCAGCCAGUCGGCCUCGCGCACCGCCAGCCCAAGCCCGUACUGCUCCCCAGCCUACAACCGCAGCCGCUCCGGCUCUCUCUACAGCAUCUCCAGUGUCUCUGCGGCAGGGACACAAGCAAAGGCGAAGCGACCACCACUCCCAUACCGGGCGUCCAUGAUCAAGGGAGCCAGCAGCCUGCGAGCACAGGUCGGCAGCAGCAGCAGCAGCAACAGCACGGGCCCCGGCACUGGGUCCAUGCAUACAGAACACGGGGCUGCACAGACGUCGCAGAUGGAGAAUUCCAAAUCCAAGACCCGCCGCAAGAAGAGCGUGAAACAGGUCAAGCCCGAGUCGGAGUCGUCGUCGGCGGCGAAGAGCUUUGUCGGCUUCAUGCUGCGUGGGAAACGGAAAUCGGUGAUUAAGAACUUCUAA